GGUGAUUUGGUUUGCUACAAGCAGCUAAGUUGGCUCAUAACUAAGCAAUGGUCGAGUGAGUCUUGGAAGGAGCCGAAGGCCGCGCUCGAGCAUCUUCGGAGGCGCAACCUACGGUAAAAAAUCAUCUGACGGAAAACAACCCGAAACAACCAACACGACGAAGCGAAAAAGAAGUGCGGAAGUGACCGACAAGUCGAGGCUGUGUGGACUGCGCAGCACAAUCACCACUGCUCUGUGUUCCUGUUUUGGCCAAUUGCACUACAAGCUGCAUUCUAUUAGUUGACAAUGACGACAAUUCGCUAUUUUAUCCCAGAAGAUGGGGAUGAGGAGGCUUAUCCCAAUGUAUUUCUCGCCGCAAAAUCAAGGCAUGCUGGGGUUCCGCCAACACUUGGACAGAUCCGGGAUGCUUUUCCGUUGCCGGGUCGGUAUCAUUUCCGCUUCAAAAGCCCACUGUUUCCUGGCGGCGACCGCGACAAAGAUGCAAUGGCUGUGUGGAUGGAUUGUGUAAAGGACACUGCACCUGUUCCCACUUGGCGUAACACUAUUGUAGCAAAAGUGACCAGAUUGGGCAUGGAGGAAGAAGACGAUGAAGAUGAUGAUGAUUUUGUCAAUGCCGGAUCAGCAGCGCCUCCAGCCAUUCCUCACUCCCAUUCGGCCCCAGCUCCAACCCGAAACGUCUCAAGUUCGGCUCCACCCCAACAACACGCCCCUCCCCCGCAACCAGCACCCGCCCGUGCCCCAGAACCAUCAUUGGAUAUUUUUGGCACUCCUUCACCUGCUGCUCCAGCUUCUUCCACCAUGCCAAUCUCAGCACCACCGAGCACGGGAAAUUUGUUAGAUGGCCAUCACCCGGCACCUGCCCCUUCCUCUGGUGGCCUGUUGGAUAUGGAUACACCCGUUUAUGGAGGAGGCCAAGCCGCAGCCAGCAAUGUGCACAGUGAUUUCUUGGGAAUGACAGCUCCUGUCACGACCCCACAACAGCAGCAAACUCCCGCCUUCAAUAAUCAACCAUACGGGCAGCAGCAACAACAACAACCACGCCAGCAGCAACAGCAGCAGAGCAUGCGCCAAACCAACCAAAAUGCUUUUGGAAACUUUACUGAUCAGCAGGGCCCUUUUGGAGGUCUGGGAACUCCUUGGAAGUAGAAUUUUAGAUCUGCUGGAAUGGAAUGGCCAAAUCUUGAACGGAACGAUGACAAAAUAAAUGAGGUAGGAGUGGGCGGGUUGAGACUGUGCAGGCACCAUGCGUUUUCGUGCUGUGCUGUAUCAUAGCUACUUUGUGUGCUGCUUGUGGUCGGUUGGCUGAGGUAGAAAGCCGCGUUGGAUUUGGAUAUCAAUUCUAGAUAAAUGAACAUUUCGCUUUUGGC